AGGGAGAGAAAGAGAGAGUGGGGUAGAAGACAAGAGAAAACGGCUCUCCUCUGUAGUGUUAACAAGUGCCACCCAUUACCCAGAGAAGCACCAACACAAAAACCUUCUCUCAAAAAUCCACACAACCUUUUCUUUUUUCCUUCAUUAAAUCUUAUUCAAUUCAUUCUUUCAUAUCUUUAUUUUUCUUGAGCUUGAUUUUGAGAAACCAUCAUUGGCCUUCGCCUCCAUCUCUGUUCUUUGCGAAACAGUGAUUUGGGUUUUUCUUUUUUAGCAGUUAUACAUAUUUGUAGAGAGAGAGAAAUAGGAGAGAGAAAGAGCACAAACCCACCAAGGGAUCCCCGUUUUUUUCGAUCGAUUUCUGGUAGGGGUUUUUUUGUUAGGGGGUUUCAGGUUUGAUCCGGGUAUUCAACGGUUGAGAUUGUGCCAUACAGAUUUUUUUUAGUGUGAGAGAAAGAGAGAGAGGGAGAUGGGGAUUAUAUCAAGAUUUUUUGAGAGAGUAAAAGUGAUGGCGGAAGGAGGAUCUCGAUACUGUUCUAAGAAAACAGACGACAUCUGCGGUGAUAGCUGCGAUGAGAUGGUGGCGUUACAGUUACACGCUUGCUUCUUGCUGAAAUGAGAGCCAGGCAGAAUGUUGAGCAUGUCUAGAGUGCGAUGUAUUUUGCGAGGACUUGAUUUUAAAAUUUUAAUCUUUCUCUUGGUUAUGGUCCCAACAUGUAUCUGUGUUAUAUACUUUCAUGGGCAGAAGAUCACAUACUUCCUGCGGCCAUUGUGGAACAGGCCACCCAAGUCCUUCAUUGAAACCCCUCACUAUUACCAUGAAAAUGUGUCGAUGGAGAACCUUUGUAAACUUCAUGGGUGGGGAAUUCGUGAGUACCCAAGGCGAGUUUUUGAUGCAGUGUUGUUUAGUAAUGAGGUGGAGAUCCUUACCAUAAGAUGGAAAGAAUUGUACCCUUACAUAACAGGGUUUGUUCUCCUUGAGUCAAACUCAACCUUCACUGGAUUGCCAAAGCCUCUGACUUUUGAGAACAACCGAGAUCAGUUCGAAUUUGUUGAGCCGCGAUUGACAUAUGGGAAUAUUCCAGGGAGAUUCAGGAGAGGCGACAACCCUUUUAUUGAGGAAGCGUAUCAGCGACUAGCACUAGACCAUCUCCUCAAACUAGCCGGUAUUACAGAUGAUGACUUGUUGAUAAUGUCUGAUGUGGAUGAGAUACCAAGUAGACACACUAUCAAUCUCUUGAGGUGGUGUGACGAAAUACCUACAAUCCUCCAUCUUCGUUUGAAGAACUAUCUUUAUUCUUUUGAGUUCCUUGUUGAUAAUAACAGCUGGAGAGCUUCAGUUCACAGAUAUCGGUCUGGUAAAACGACAUAUGCACAUUAUCGUCAAUCUGAUGUCAUAUUGUCUGACGCAGGGUGGCAUUGUAGCUUUUGUUUUCGCCGUAUCAAUGAGUUCAUCUUCAAAAUGAAAGCGUACAGCCAUUUCGACAGAGUGAGGUUCUCUCAUUAUUUGAACCCUAAGAGAGUUCAAAAUGUGAUUUGUGAAGGGUCCGACUUAUUUGAUAUGCUGCCCGAGGAGUACACUUUCAAGGAAAUUAUUGCGAAAAUGGGACCCAUUCCGCAUUCCUACUCAGCUGUUCAUCUUCCAUCAUAUCUAUUGGAAAAUGCUGACAAGUAUAAAUAUCUCUUACCUGGGCAUUGCGUAAGAGAGGGUGGCUGAAUUAGUUUUGAUGAAUUCUGAUCUGUGUCUUGAAUCUCUGUAAAGGUUGAAGUUGCGGCUGGAAGUGACUCCUCAUGAUGAUUGUUGUUAAAACAGUUGAUGACUGUAGUGUGUCACUGUUACAGCUCUUCGGCAAUGUUUUUUGUCAUUUUUUCCAGAACGUUAGGAUGAAUAUGAUGAGUUCUUGGGUUUCUGUGGUGAAAUUUUUGUGGUACUUGUCCUUAAGAGUUGGUUUUCGUUCAAGGCAGAACAAUAUCUAGUUGCUGAAGGGGUAGCUUUGCUUCUUGUUGAAACAGAUUAAGUUGCUGUGGAGGUACCUCUGCAUUAUUUGCUUUCCUAUAGCAUGACCUAGAAGAUACAGGGAUGUUCCUCGGAUUACCUGAAGUUAGGAAAUUUUGUCUUGGUACUAAUUUGUUCUUGAAUUUUGGCAAAUUGCAGUGUUAUUAACCUAUUGACUUGUUAUCCUGUUGACCAUAAUCUAGUCAGUUUGAAAGUUUGAGGAGGUGAUUGCUUACAAUACUUA